UUUAUGCUCCGAUAUUACGCGUUAUUAGUGAGCGCGUGUGGGUCGCGCAUAGGUGACAGGUGAUCGGAGAGAAAACGAAAACACAAGCAUGUUUGCUUUGUCGUUGCCAACCUGAUAAGCGAACCAUCCUCGUAGACGCGUCCGCGUUGUAGGCAGACAUUCCUGAUAAGAUCCAAAAUUAUUUUCUAAGCUCGUGCGAGGGCGAGUCGUGAGUGACAGUUGUCGCAUCACUUUUGUUUCCAGGUUAUGUCUCGUCGAACUGCAUUAUCUUACGCUAAAGUCAAGAAUAACGUGAUGUGAAUGACGUAUGGACGAUGUAAUUAAUUUUUUUAUACAAUUUAUAUACUUAUUAAUUCCUGCAAUAUGAUUUAUUAAUGAUAUCUUUAUGCAUAAGGCUCCAUAAAACGAAUUUUUUAAUUUAGAGAAUAUGACACGUUCGCACAUAAAAUAUCAAAUUGCUAGAGAUGAUGUAGAAACAUCAGAAUAUUUGCCGCAAAAUGUUCCAGAUUUCCAAAAUGUAAUAAAGCCAGAAGCCACAUUUUGGAGGAAAGCAUACCAAGUGUGUUUAUUGAUCUCUGCUUACUUUAUUUUAUCAAUAGGCCUUACAUUUUAUAAUCCAUGGCUGUAUAAUACGUAUGGAUUUAAUUUUCCACUUGGAGUAGUAGUUUGCCAUUUGAUUAUAAAGUUUAUACUAUCUGCAUUAAUACGCUGCAUCAGAAGAUGUUGCACUGGCAGACGGAUAAAUCUACCAUGGCAAAAUAUAAUUUAUUCGAUAAUGAUACCUGGCAUGGCCAGCGGUGUGGAUAUUGGUUUAUCCAAUUGGGCACUUUCAUUAAUUUCAAUAUCUUUGGUCACCAUGACCAAAUCAACCACCAUUAUAUUUAUUCUUGGAUUUUCUCUUCUUUUUAAACUGGAGAAAAAGUCAUGGUCUCUAGUAGGGAUAGUGGUGAUGAUAGCAGGAGGAUUAGCAAUGUUCACCUAUAAAUCUACCCAAUUUGGUAUUCUCGGAUUUUUAUUGUGUCUCUUAGCUUCGUUUGCAAGUGGUAUUCGAUGGACCAUGACACAACUCAUUAUGCAAAGAUCCAAACUUGGUCUCCAUGAUCCGAUAGAUAUGAUGUAUUAUAUGCAACCUUGGAUGUUAUUACCUGCAAUAUCUGUAACCGUGUGGUUUGAAGGAAGUAGAAUAUACACUGGUAUUAGAGUUACCGAUUGGAGUGAUAUCGGUAGUAUUUUGUUAACUGCAAGUGCUGUAAUAGCAGGUGCCAUUUUAGCAUUUAGUAUGGAAGUGAUGGAAUUUUUAGUUGUUACUUACACUUCUAGUCUGACAUUGUCAAUCUCGGGAGUAUUUAAGGAAAUAUGUACAUUAGCAUUGGCCUUUGCAUUGAAAGGUGAUCAAAUGACUGGCCUUAACUCUAUAGGAUUGUUAAUGUGCCUUGGUGGUAUAAUGCUUCAUGUUGUCCAGAAGGUGUUAGUCAAUAGAAAGAAAGUAAUUGAUAAUUUGGAAUUACAAUCAAAAGUGACUAGCAACAGUGCAAAACAUGAAGAGGGAACUGAUUCUAAUAUACCGUUAUUAACAGAAAAAUCAACGUCUCUAAUGAAUCUUCUUAAUGCUGAAUUUAGUUCGGAUGAAGAUGGUGAUUUGAGGGAGGGUGAUAACUCGAGUCAAAUACUGUCAGAUAUUUUGCAACGCAGGGAACAGUGAUAUACAUCAUGAAUUUUUAGCUAUGACACAAGAAAUUAUUUUAUCAAGCAAAGCAUUCUAAAACAAUAUAUGUCUAUGUCUUACAGCAUUUUAUAUUUUCCCAGUGUAAAUUUUUCAGCCAAUAAAAGUGUUAACAUUAUAAAUUUUACAUCACAACUUUAUGCCUUAUAAAUGGCAUAAAAUUUAAUAUAACCAGAGACAAAGUGCAUUGUAAAUUUUCUAAAAGAUGUCUUUGAGACGUUCUUUAAGAUUCUUUUAGAUAUUUGUGUAUUCUGGGAUAUUCAAAGCUUAAAAGACUUAAUUAGUAUAUAUGUGUAAUAUAAAAUGUCAUGUAAAAGUUUGUCCGAUAAAUUUCAAUGUAUUAUUAUUACAUAAGUCUGAUAUAUAAAUAUUAUAGAAAAUUGCAAAGUACAAACAUAGAAAGUAUGAAAUGGAACCUUGUCGUAUCAAUAUGGAUAUAGAAAUGCCACUAUCUGUGUGAAGAAAAUUAUUAAUGUUAUUGCUAUCUCAUUACUUUAAAUAUCAUAAACAAGAGCUUUGCAUGCAAACUAUAUGCGAUAUAAAUAUAAAUUCUUUUAAAUUAUGUCACUAGUUGUCUACACUUAGGAUAUAUAUUUCCCGAAUAAGACAAUGGUAACUCAUAUAUUUGUGUAUAUAAUAAUUUUUUAAUGAUAAACGCACAAUAAAUUUGAAUGACACAUA